GUUUAGCAUGUCAACCAUCGGUGUCCUUUAUUACUGAAAUUACGAAAAGGCCCCGCUGGUGACUCAUUUGCCAUUAGGUUCUUCUUUAAGAUCAGCUGCUCAAAUUUUUGAAAACAGAAUCGAAUUUUAAAUUUCAAGAAUCAAUUUUACUGAAUCAAUCAGCUGAAUUCAAUGGAUAAUACUCUAAUCGGAGCACAUCCGACCACCAUGGCCGGAUUCCGAUUCGAUUUAUCAGUAAUUCCAAAUCAGAAUCUGAUCGAAUUCAACGGUCAAUCGAGUUCAAAUACUUCAAGUUGUGAAUCAUCAACAUCUUCAAGCUCGAUAUUCGAAUCGGAUUCGCCGGACGGUAAUGAUUUCUGUAAUGUUGUUCUUAAGUAUAUAAGUGAUAUGUUAAUGGAAGAAGAUUUAGAGAGUGAGAAUUUUGUGCCUGAAGAUUGUUUAGCCCUAGAAGCUGCUGAGAAAUCUUUUUAUGAUGUUCUUGACCAGAAAUAUCCUCCGCCUUCGCUUCGGUUUGAUCCGAAUACAGUUGAAUCCUCCGGUUCCGGUUGGAUGUUCAGUCAAGCGGAAUUUGAAUUCGGAUGCUCGAGCGAAAAGAAACAUCAUCAACUUGAAAGAAGUGGAUAUUCUGAUGAAAGAAGUAGCAAGCAAUUGGCGGUUUCGGUUGAAAAACACGAAGAAGACGGGGCGAUAUUCGAUGAGAUAUUGCUCGGUCAAGCCGAGAACAAUGGUUCUAAAUCUUGCGCUGGCGGAGGAAAAGUGCGGAAAAAGCGAGGCAGUAGUAAGAAAACCGAAAUGAUGGAUUUAUGGACCGUCCUACCGCAAUGUGCGCAAGCCGUAGCGGAUGAUGAUCAAGUGACUGCAAAGGAUCUACUAAGGCAGAUAAGGCAAUAUUCGUCUCCUUUCGGAGACGGAAACCAAAGAAUUGCACAUUAUUUUGCUAACGGCUUGGAGGCGCGAUUGGCUGGCUCCGGAACGCCAGGCUAUACGCCGGCAAUAAGUAGUACAACAUCAGCUGCUAGUGUGCUAAAAGCUCACCACAUAUUUAUUACAGCAUGCCCUUUUCAGACAAUGUCACAUCUUUAUGCUAAUGAGACAAUCAUCAAACUAUCAGAAAAUGUAACAAGGCUUCACAUCAUUGAUUUUGGAAUUCUAUACGGUUUUCAAUGGCCCAACCUUAUCCAGCGUCUCUCGACGAGAAUUGGUGGACCUCCUAAGUUAUGCAUAACGGGAAUCGAGUUUCCUCAACCUGGUUUUCGACCUGCGGAAAGGGUUGAAGAAACAGGCCGCCGUUUAAGAAAAUAUUGCGAAAGAUUUAAUGUUCCGUUUGAAUACUAUCAUAUAGCACAGAAUUGGGCAAGUAUACAAUAUGACGAUUUCAAUAUAAACGAAAACGAAAUGGUUGUCGUUAACAGUUUGUAUCGGUUCAAGAACCUCCCUGAUGAUACAAUGAUAGCGAAAAGCGUCAGAGACGCCAUCCUUCAAUUGGUAAGGAAAAUUAAUCCGUGUAUCUUCAUUCAUGGAGUAGUUAAUGGUACUUACAAUGCGCCCUUCUUUCGCACACGUUUUCGAGACACGCUCUUUCAUUUCUCGGCUUUGUUUGACAUGUUCGAUUCUACUAUUCCUCGUGAAGAACGCGAAAGAAUGACGAUGGAAGAAGUCUUUGGAAGGUAUGCAGUAAAUGUGAUAGCUUGUGAGGGCGGUGAGAGGGUUGAAAGGCCGGAGACAUAUAGACAGUGGCAAGUUCGGAACUUGAGAGCCGGGUUCAGGCAGCUUCCGCUAGACGAGGUGAUAAUGAAGAAGGUGAGGAGUACUGUUAAAUCAAAUUACAAUAAGAACUUCAUGGUUGAUGAAGAUUGUCAGUGGAUGCUGCAAGGUUGGAAAGGGAGAAUAAUAUAUGCACUUUCAGUUUGGAAACCUGUUCAUGAUUAACAUUUCCAAUAGACCAAAUAUUGAUGUAAAAAUCGGAAUAUAAAUUUUUAUGCCACUAUUCUGAUGUUUACACCAGUGUUUUUUUGUCGGAAAAAUAUUAUGUGUUUCGAAUUGCAGCGUUACAAUAAUAAAACAAGCUAAAAUUCAUGACUUA